AUGGAAUUACUGAGGAAUAUCGCUCAACAGCCGACGAUUAGCAACAGGAUGUGCGAGCCCAGCCAACACGGGUCCUGUGAACUGCGGAGAAAGAGAACCGAGGACCACGGUCAUGCACCUGCAGAGAUGUCGAGGAUUGUCACGGAUCCUGCCACCGGGAAAUGUUACUGCCGUGGGAAAGUUCUGGGAAAGGUAGCCAUCAGUGAAUUACAGCAAAACGCAAAUUACUCAAAGACAAGAUUGUUCUUUAUAAGUGUCUACUUUGGGAAUAGUACACUGUUAUUCCGAAGCAUGCACACUUUAAAUUAACCUGGUAAAUAUGCUUAUCAAUAUGAUUGUGUUAUUUUCUUUUCAGGGAGGUUUCGCCAAGUGCUAUGAGAUGACCGACCUGUCCACGAGUAAAGUUUACGCAGCGAAAAUUAUUCCACACACGCGCGUCUCCAAACCGCACCAAAGGGAAAAGGUAAGAGCGCGCACCACAAUGCAUCAUGUAUUAUAAUGCCUAUAUAGAUUGAAACUGAAUGUCUUGGACUUUUGGAUAAUUAAUGAAUUGCUUUUAAUCAUCACUAUGAUAUAUCUUCUCCAUAGAUUGACAGGGAAAUCGAGCUACACAGAGUUCUCCACCAUAAACACAUCGUGCACUUUUACCAUCAUUUCGAGGAUAAAGAUAACAUCUACAUCCUCCUGGAAUACUGCAGUAGAAGAGUGAGUGUUACUGCUGUACUUGAAUACUAAGCCUUUAUUACUGAACUGGUCUGAGAAAUUCCUGCAUACAGUAGCAGCACCUCAAAACCACAGCCCUUGCUGGGCGCGCAGACAUAAAAUGGGAAACAAAAAAUAAUCCCAUCUUUGGUUAAUGUGAAAGAGAUGUUCUUAUUUUCCAUAGACUGCCUUGACUGAUCUAAUAUUUAUUCCCAUGUUAUCUUUGUGCAGUCUUUGGCACACAUCCUGAAGGCACGCAAAGUGCUCACAGAGCCUGAAGUGCGAUACUACCUCCGUCAGAUCAUCUCAGGGCUGAAGUACUUGCAUGAACAAGAGAUCCUACACAGAGACCUCAAACUUGGUAAGCAUCUGUGGCAAGACACACAAUAGAAGCCAGAGUCGUUAUCAUUCAAUCGGCUCUGCCAAGCACUAUGCAGAGGGAUUCAAACCUGCAACCUUCACCUGUCAUGAACUGCAAACCAACCACUUUAUGUUAUCCAUCACUCACAUACAGUAAAUGGUAUAAUAUUUGUCAUCUUCUUCUCCCGUCCUAGGUAACUUCUUUGUGAGUGAGUCGAUGGAGCUGAAGGUGGGAGACUUUGGGCUGGCUGCCAAGCUAGAGCCUGCUGGGAACAGGAGGAAGACCAUCUGUGGGACGCCCAACUACCUGUCCCCUGAGGUGCUCAACAAGCAGGGCCACGGCUGUGAGUCGGACGUCUGGGCCCUGGGGUGUGUCAUGUGAGUACAUUCUAUUAUAUUUAGAGUUUUCUUUGUCAAUAGACGGCGCUGUAAAAUGACAUUCCAUAUGUAAAUACACUGUUAUGACAACCAGUCACUAACUAAGUCUCUCCCCCUCCGUUCUCCAGGUACACCAUGCUCCUGGGCAGACCCCCGUUCGAGACCACCAAUCUGAAGGAGACGUACAGGUGUAUCCGGGAGGCGCGUUACUCCCUGCCCUCCUCCCUGUCGCCCCAGGCCAAACAACUCAUCUCCAGCCUCCUGGCCAAGACCCCGGAGGACAGACCUCACCUGGACCACAUACUGCGCCAUGACUUCUUCUCACAGGUGAGUUAGCUAGCCCUCUCUCAGCCUCUCUCUCUUGCUCUCUCUGUACCGGAUGGAACAUGAGACUGCAAAUGUCGUUUUGUUUUAACAUUCUGUUUCCUACUUAUGAUAUGAUUAAUCAUCUAUCUGCACUUUUUCAUUCUACUAACAUCUCUCACUCUCCCCCUCUCUCCAUCCUUCCAGGGUUUCGUGCCAGAGCGUCUCCCUGCUAGUUGUUGCCACUCCGCUCCAGAGUUCCACGUCUCCAGCCCUGCCAAGAGCUUCUUCAAGAAGGCUGCGGCCGCCCUCUUCGGCGGGAAGAGAGACAAGGUCAAAUACUACGAGACUUUGAGUGAGUAUAUCAAUCAUUCACCUCGUAAAACAGCCUUAGCCAAUGUCACCAAUUAUUAAAUCAGUUAGUAUUUGUUUGCCUAAUAAAAGGAUAUUAAACAAUGUUGCUAAUUAAUAAGUAGUGAUAAAAGCUGUGGUGUCGUAAAUCCACUGAUGUAUCAUGAUCGUUUUUGGCAGAGUUCCUGUAUGAAUGAGAGGCUGCAGGGUGAGGCCAUCCAGAAUGUAUGCUGACUGUGUGUGUUGUUGGUAGAUAAACUCACCAAAGAGGAAGAGGAGAUCUACAAGCUUCGACAUGACCUGAAGAAGACGGUCAUCAGCCAGCAGCAGCAGAGCAAACAGAUGACUGAGGUGAGAAGCUCAUCACUCUCUAUUUGACCAUGAUAGUCAUGAUAAAAUAAAAUAGAAACUCAAGUUAGGGGAGUAGUGAAAAGUCAUAUUAUGGAAAAGUCCUUGUAUGAGGAAAUGCUGAAUCAUGAUAAAGGAAAGUGUGAGGCCAUGUUAUGUAACCCCUCCCUCUUUCUCCUCCCCUCAGGAUGGAAGGCCACCGUCACCAUCUGCUGGGAGGCCUGUUGCCCCGGCAACAGAGGGCCUGCCCCUGACGACGCGAGACACCAUCCGGCUUAUCGUCAGGGGCAGUCUGGGAAGCUGCAGCAGCAGUAGCGAAUGUCUUGAGGACAGCACCACUGGCAGUGUGGCUGAGACAAUCACCAGCGUUCUCAGAGGAUGCCUGGAAAACAUGCCGAAAGGUAAGCCAAAUGCACUUAUAAUCCUGGAGAUGAGACACGAGUUUGUUGAAAUAAGGCAGGUACAGUGUAAUUACACUGUAGUACUUACUACCAUGUAAAGAAAUGAUUCCAACACCAAUUUAACUAAAUAUGGUCAAGUGGGACUCCCUUUGUUAUUACACAUGGUUGAAUUGUGUUUUAAUCACAAAUACCUUUCUCUCUCUAGCGGAUGACAUCCCCAAAGGGACAGAGUGUGGUAACCUGCAGUGGGUCACUAAGUGGGUGGACUACUCCAACAAGUAUGGCUUUGGCUACCAGCUCUCAGACCACAUAGUGGGCGUUCUGUUCAACAACGGGACACACAUGAGCCUCCUCGCAGACAAGAAGUACGUACUCUGUUCUCUUUAUCACACAAUACAUCACUCAUACCUUAGUUGGAGAUUGUUUAGGCUGUAUGGGUUUUAACAUUCAGCAGUCUGACUGAACAUCAAAGUGCUUGAUGGGUGUAAAUAAACAGAAGUGGAAAGUAUUGCUGGCUUCAGCUGUAAAAGUCAACAAAAAGUCAGAGACAAAGAAGGUCUGUUAAAUACAUGAAAUACGUCUGUUUGGCAUGCAUCUUGUCCUUCAGAAGCCUGCAAGUGUUUAUUUUGGUUGUUAACUCUCUUUUCCCUCUGUCUCUUUUCUCUGUCUGUAGGACUGUCCACUACUAUGCUGAGUUGGGUCAGUGCUCUGUGUUCUCCACAUCUGAUGUGCCUGAGCACUUCGUAGGUCAGGUGACCGUCCUGAAGUACUUCGCCCACUACAUGGAAGAGAACCUGAUGGAUGUAAGUAUUCCCCAUAUAGCUUCUAGCCUCUCCUCUCAUCCUCGAUUCCUAUCUUCCUUUCCUGUUGUUCCUAUCUUUGGCAAUCUCUCUAUUCUCUAUCCUCUCAAUAAUUUCUUCCUACUGUUACCAUCUCCUAAAAAAAUCCUCCUUUCCUGUCCUUUCUCCCUCUACCUCCCGGUCCUCCACUCCACUCUUCUUUCCUGCCCCCCUCUCCUUUCCUGUACUGCUCUCUCCCUCUGUCGUCUUUCCUCUCCUCCUUCUCUUUCGUUUUUCCUAGUCUUCUCUCAGUCUAAUGAUGAACCUGUUCCUGUGUUUGCUGUGUAGGGUGGAGACCUGGUGAGCCAGGCAGACACACACAUGCCCAGACUCUACCUGCUGCAGUGGCUCAAGUCUGACCGUGCCCUCAUGAUGCUCUUCAACGACGGCACAUUUCAGGUAAACACACUCAUCAUCACAGCUAAAAUAGACAUUACUCUCAGCCAAGAAACACAUGACACAGUGCAGCUAUGGUAAAUCCACAGAACACUUAAUGGAAAUGCAUGACACAUACAUCAGCUAUUCAAAUCAGUUAUUGUGUUGUAUAGACUCAUAGAUAGAUUUUCAGAUAAGCACCCAAAUGUACUUCAAACAGAUGGCACAUUUCAGGCACACUGGUCAUCAGUUUCCCAAGGGGGUCAAAUAUGAGACAAUCUACAGUAAUAUUGGUAUUAUGCUAUUUGUUGUCCUGUCAGUACUUUAUUAAACCGUAUAUAUCCAUAUCUUUCUUUAACAGGUCAACUUCUACCACGACCACACCAAGAUCAUCCUGUGCACCCAGAGGGAGGAGUACAUGCUGACAUACAUCAACGAGGAGCGUGUGUCCUCCACCUUCAGACUGAGCUCUCUGCUCACCUCCGGCUGCCCCACAGACCUACGCCAACGCAUGGAGUACUCACUCAACAUGCUGCUGCAGCGCUGCAACUGA